UAUUAAAAGCAGAAGUGGAAUUAACCAAAGAAAUAUAGAAAAAAGGGAGAGAAAGAAGAGAAAGAAAGAGCCUUGUAGAGGAUGACCUCAUCCUCUCUUCUUCUCCUUCUUAUCAUUCCUCUUCUUAGAUCUUAGUUUUCGCAUCUGGGUUCCUUCAAACGGAAUCCUAGAUUGAUAUAUACACGAUCCGAUGUCCCUCAAUUGAAUUGAACAAUACCCAACUUUUGGUUGAUCAGAAUUAUUACUGGGUUCUGUUCAUUUCUCAUAAAAAAAGAAAAAAAAGAAAAAAAAAUGGAAUCGGAUCUUGGUAAGCUUUUCAUUGGUGGGAUCUCAUGGGACACGGAUGAAAGUAGGCUUAAGGAGUAUUUUGGUCAGUAUGGAGAAGUAGUGGAGGCUGUUAUCAUGAGGGAUCGUAUCACAGGUCGUGCCCGUGGCUUUGGUUUUAUUGUGUUUGCGGAUCCUGUUGUUGCGGAGAGAGUUGUGAUGGACAAGCACAUGAUCGAUGGCCGAACAGUUGAAGCAAAGAAAGCAGUCCCAAGGGACGAUCAACAGAUUCUGAGUAGAAACAAUAAUAUCAUACAAGGAUCUCCUGGUCCUGGACGUACCAAAAAGAUUUUUGUAGGUGGUUUAGCUUCAACAGUUACAGAGAGUGACUUCAAGAAGUACUUUGAUCAGUUUGGUAUCAUCACGGAUGUUGUGGUAAUGUAUGAUCACAACACCCAAAGGCCAAGAGGGUUUGGGUUUAUUACUUAUGAUUCAGAAGAUGCUGUUGAUAGGGUGUUGCAUAGAACUUUCCAUGAACUUAAUGGAAAAAUGGUUGAGGUAAAGCGGGCAGUACCAAAAGAGCUGUCCCCUGGCCCCAGUCGCAGCCCCCUAGUAGGAUACAACUAUGGUAUGAGUAGGGCUAGCAACUUCAUUAAUAAUUAUGCUCAAGGAUACAAUCUUAACUCCAUUGCAGGAUAUGGUAGACUUAAUCCACUUGUUACUGGUAGAACUGGGCUUCCUCCAUUUGCUAAUCCUGGAUAUGGAAUGAGUAUGAAUAUGGAGCCAGCAUUGACUGCUGGCUAUGGUGGUAACUCUAAUUUCAGCAACAACCAGGGUUACGGUCGUGUAUUGGGACCUUUUUAUAGCACUGGCAACUCAAGUAGGUACAGCACUCCUAUUGGGUAUAAUGUGGGUAAUACAAGGGGUGAUUCAAUGGCAAACUCGACAUCAAGAAAUGUAUGGGGAAAUGGGUCUUUUAACAAUCCUCAAAAUCCCCCCAGUCCUGGUGCUUUUUUGGGAUCUGGUAGUGGAAACUUUGGAGUCUCAUUCGGAAAUAGUGGAGCCAACUGGGGCUCAUCUCCUGCCACAUCCCAAGGUGGAGGUAAUGGUUCUGGAUAUAGCAGUGGGAAUCUUGGGUAUGGUUUUGGUGAUAGUUAUGGGUUGGGAGGUGGAGGUUAUGGAAGAACUCAUACUACUGAUGCAGCUCCGGCAUCUACAUUUGCCUCAUCAACAGGUGGUUUUGACACAUCUUAUGGGGAGCUAUAUCGUGGUGGAUCAGGGUACGGUGAUUCAACAUGGCGUUCUACUUCUCCAGAGCUCGAUGGAUCCAGUUCAUUUGGUUUUGGUCUCGGCAAUGCAGCUACAGAUAUUGCUUCUAGAACUUCUGACGGUCUAAUGGGAAGCUAUAGUUCAGCAAAUAGACAAGCAAAUAGAGGAAUUGCUGCAUAGAAGACUUCAAUUGAACAGCAGAUGGUAACUGUUAGGAUCCAGAAAGUCCAGCUAAACACUUUAGACUGUGUGAGUUCAUACAUUCCCUCGUUAAUAAAUAUCGGCUUAUAAGGAAAUUCAGCAUACGGUAGUAACAGGGAUUUUGUCUCAGCAUAUCUUGAAUGGUCUUUUUUCGGAUAAGGUCUGAGACUUCAACUUUUUUCUUUUCUUCUUUCUUUGAAGUUAGGUUAUUGGCGUUUGGUUGAGCUGUAAAAUCAGAUUGCGGGAUAUACUCAAAACGCUCAUUCAAGAUAGUUUGUCAGUGCACGAUAAGUGAGGGAGCGAGCGAUAGUAUAUCAGACAUAGAUCAGUGUUUUCUUCCGUUUUUUUUUUUGUUUUUAUAAUUUUUUUUCCCGUUUAACAUGCUGUAACGACUAGCUAGUCGAAUUUCUGUACUCAUUACGUAUAUUUACUAUUUUGUCCUCAGAUUGUAUGCAUGAGGUGUUCUUUUGAUUUCAUAGUGUGAAACAUUAGAGGGAUACCCAUCUAGGGUUCCCAUUAAAUAAGCUUACUGGAUACUCAAUAUUCAUUUGUGUUUGAAUAUGUAAUGUUGUUGAAACAAACAAUUUUAAUUGUGUAUUGAUGAAAUGGAGGUUAUGAGGUUAUGAUCACCUUUUUUCCCCUCUCA